AUGGCCCUGCAGCAAACAGGUAGCAGGAAGCGGAAAGCGCCGGCGAUCGAGGCGGGCGCCGCGAGCUCGUCGUCUCAGGGCUCGGCGGCGGCGGCGGCGGCGGCCUCCGAGGGGCCGCUGCUGCGCAAGAAGCAGAGGCGGCGGGCGACGCGGCGGUCGCUGGUGCAGUACCUGAAGGGCCGCGAGGUGGGCGCGCGGGGCGGCGCCGGGCUCCGGGGCUCCGAGGGCGAGCUGCGCGGCUACGCGGUGCAGAAGCUGCCUGAGCUGUUGAGGGAGCGCGAGCUGGCGCUGGGCACGCUCAACAAGGUGUUCGCGUCGCAGUGGUUGAACGCCAGGCAGGUGGUGUGCGGGACCAAGUGCAACACUCUGUUCGUGGUGGACGUGCACUCGGGCCAGAUCACGCGCAUCCCCCUGAUGCGCGACCGGGGGCCCUGGUUGGCCCAGGCCCAGCCGACCUGCGGCAUCCACGCCAUCGAGCUGAACCCCUCCAAGACGCUUCUGGCCACCGGGGGCGAGAACCCCAACAGCCUGGCGGUCUACCACCUGCCCACCCUGGACCCCGUGUGCCUGGGCGACCGCCACGGCCACAAGGACUGGAUCUUCAGCAUCGCCUGGAUGAGCGACACGGUGGCCGUGAGCGGCUCCCGCGACGGCACAGUGGCGCUGUGGCGGGUGGACCCCGACAUGUUCAACGGCAGCAUCGCCUGGCACAACGACGCCGGGCUCCCCGUGUACGCCCACAUCCGGCCGAGGGACAUGGAGACCAUCCCCAGGUCCAGCACCAGCCCCAGCAACCGCAAGGUGCGGGCCCUGGCCUUCAGCGGCAAGAACCAGGAGCUGGGAGCCGUGUCCCUGGACGGCUACUUCCACCUGUGGAAAGCCCGGAGCGCUCUGUCCAGGCUGCUGUCCAUCAGGCUGCCCUACUGCCGGGAGAACGUGUGCCUGACCUUCUGCGACGAGCUGUCCCUGUACGCCGUGGGCUCCCAGUCCCACGUCUCCUUCCUGGACCCGCGCCAGGGCCACCAAAACAUCCGGCCCCUGUGCUCCAGGGAGGGUGGCACGGGCGUACGCUCCCUGAGCUUCUACCAGCACAUCAUAACCGUGGGCACGGGCCAUGGCUCCCUGCUCUUCUACGACAUCCGCGCCCAGAGGUUCCUGGAGGAGAGGGCCUCAGCCAGCCCCGACUCCUCUCCCGGGCCCUCAGGGAGGAAGCUCAAGCUCACCUGUGGCAGAGGCUGGCUCAACCACGACGACCUGUGGGUGAACUACUUCGGUGGGAUGGGCGAGUUCCCCAACGCGCUCUACACCCACUGCUACAACUGGCCUGAGAUGAAGCUCUUCGUGGCUGGAGGACCUCUCCCUUCAGGCCUCCAUGGGAACUACGCAGGCCUCUGGAGCUAAGGGUGGCUGCUGCGUGCGUUCUCACGGUGCCCAGAUUUACCUCCCGGUCCCCUCUCACUUUCCUUCCUCACGCUGUGUUUGUGCUUCUUAACUCAAUGUGCUGUUUGUCUUCCAGGUCGAAAGUGCCCAGCUUACCGGUGCUUAGUGUAUUAUGCACAGAGAGAAAGCAAAGGUGAUCUUUGGGCAAUCAAAACUUGGCUUUAAGAUUUUUCUGAACCUCCCUCAACACAACUGUCUUUUUUGCCUUCUCUUACAAAGAAUUUUGUCUAAUCCUUAAUUGUGUUCUUUGAGUGAUUGACGUAUACUUUUUCUUUUGGCUGCUGUAGACAUGGUACCCACUAUAAUUCAGUACUUCUAUUUUACCAGUGUUUCGAAAGUAUGAUCAGGUCUUCUACACAUUUUAGAUGUAUGGUAUUUUGGGAAAAUGUGUGCUAUAAAGUAUCUUUUGGGAUGGUUGGAGUAACUAACCCUGGUAUAUGUAACGGGGCAGGUUUUUAUCCCUGCUCCAGAAAAUGCAUUUCAAGAUCUAGAUUGCCACCAUUUGGCGCCUGUUUCAUUUGGAUUUUGGAACCCAGGCAUUUGUUGUUUGUGUAUUUUUGUACAUAAAAUAUUUAAAAAAUAUGUUUUCUUAGUCAAAAAAUCUCACAGUGGUGUUCAUCCUAUUAAUCAUAAUUUUGAUUAUUCAGUAAAAUUUAGCAUAGUACCCCCAGGCCCUCAGCCUUAUUUUUUUAAAGCUGCUAUAUUAUGGCCUGAUUUCCUGGGUAGCAUUUAUACUACAGAUUUCAUAAAUAGCCAAGCAAAAGUGGCCUGUAAGUGGCAGGACAAUCAGGGAAGUACUUUUUGGGGUAAACAUUCUUUAAAGUUUAGGUAACACUAUCCAGGCAGCCAUUUACAGAGAAAGACCAGCUGUUGUGCUCAACGUAGAGUUGUUGACAAUUUGUUAUUGUGUACAUAGAUGAUUCUUUUAUCUGGAUUUGAGUAUGUGAUGUAUUGCAGAAAAAAAUAAAACAUGUUUAGCAUUUUAGCAAUUGUUAGGCUAAAGUUUCUGAAUGCUUAAAUAUACACUUUAUUUUUUCUUAAUUUUCCUUCUAGGAAUAUAUUUAUCAAAGUCAAAAUCUUCCAAGAGAGAAACUGAAGCUGAAACAUCAGCAGUGCACACAUUAACUUUGUACAUUUUUUUUGAAAAGCAAAUCUAUGCUAUCAUGGGUGAAAAGAUUAAAUAACAUCUUCAAUACCUUAUCAACAUAUACUUGCUAUAGGUUGGGACAGUUAGGAAUCUUGUGUUUUUAAGAUGAUUUAACAAACAGUUGUAUUUAAGAAAAAAGUUCAUGUUGGUUAUAGCUACCUACUCACAUAUAUUGUAUGUUGGUGUAUGUAUAAAUUCCCUUGUCAGGAAGAGGCACAUAUGUAUACCAUUUUACAUGUGCACAUAUUCCUAAUAUUUUAAACUACAUCUAUCAACACUUGGUCUUUAUUUUUACUUUGUUUUAUUUAAAUUAAGUAAUACAUACACAUGAUAAAAAAAGAUCUACUGUAUAGAAAGUGUACAGUGAAAAGUAAGUCUCAUAUCCUAAGAUCCCUGAUCUCUUGCCCAUAGAUCAUGAGCAGUACAUUUUGUGUCUGUAUCCAUUUAGAGAUGGUUGAUACAUUUAUAAGCAUACAUGUACCUGUGUAUGCAAUUUUUAUAUAAAUGACAGCAUGUGCUGCACAUAUCUGUACCAUUUUUGUCGCAAAAUCUCAGAGAUAACUUCUUAUACGUAUUUACCUAAUUAAUUUUAUUUUUACGGUAUUUCCCUGAAUGGUUGGAACAUACUUUAUUCAUUACACCUUUAAUGAGCAUAUAUAUUGAUUCUUUUUUCUGUUCCUAUAAACUAUUCUGCAGUGAUUACUUAGGUGCAUACAUUUUUGGGCACAUGUGUUAGUGUAUCUGCAGGAUAAAUUCCUAGAAAUGGAAUUGCUGGAUCAAUUUUAUAUGUAAUAGCCAUUGCCAAAUUACCCUCCAAAGAGGUCCUACCAAUUUAACCUCCCAUAAGUGAUGUAUGUACGCCUGCUUCACCGCUUGCCAACGAUGUGUCAUCGAACUCUCAGCUCUUUGACUAUCAGAUUUCUGCUUGAUUUUGGUCCUUUCUAAGCCACUAUGGCUGGGUUUGAUUUGUGGUGAGAAUACCAAGUAGGUUCUGAAACAAAGAUGGAGAAUAUGGGGAAAUGAGGGCAAACAAUAAAAAUACUGUCAAACCAAAGGCAGAGAACACCUACAGUUCAGGCUAAUUUAUUUGGAGAUGGAUUACAAAGUACUACAUUCCUCAGAUUCUUAUCUGGACCUAGUAGGAUUAUCUGGCAUAUUCCACCCUCAUUUCACUUGUAUCCAAUGCCACUAAAGAAAGUCCAAAAAGGAAAUAAUGAGAGCCUGAAUUAGGAUAUUUGAGAUAAGUGUGAAGAGGGAGGAAGUCAUUAGAAAAAUGGGGAAAAUAAAAUGAACAAUGUUUGUUAUUUCAUGUGGAGGAUGAAGAAAGCCAAAGAAUUUAGGUGGACUCUAAGGCUCUGGCUUGAAUGUAAAUGUAUAAUGUCAACAAGUGAAUACACAGAAUAUAGGCACAAAGGAUAUAUAUGGAGGGUGAUCAACUCAAUUUGGGACAUGUUGAAUUUGAAGUGCCUAUUUGACAUCAGAAGAAUAUACCUAGUGAAAAAUUGGCUGUAGAUCCCAGAAUGAGAUUUCUCACUGCUGGGAAGGUGAGUGAUAUGAAAUGUUGGGAAACUCUCCUUUUUGGAAGCAAGCAAGCUUAUCAAGGAUCCUAAAAACCAAUGAAGAAAAAAAAAUAGAUGUGGGGAGAAUAUAAAAUUGAAGAGGCUUAUUUUACUCAAAUGCCAUUGCCUCAUCAGCCUGAGACAGCAAAAUAUUUCCUCAAUACUGAAAUUAUAAUAAUUUUUUAGCCUUAACCCCAGUCAUAAAGGGCAGUUUUUCUCCCAGCUAUCUUCGUAAAUAUUUACCUAGGACCUCACAUCAGCCCAUUAAGCUAUUUCAUUAAUCAACUGCUGGUACCUUCUUCAAGAAUGAAAAGUCAGACCUUAGUCAUGAAGCAUAACUUCAUAGUGAUUUCUGGACCACUUAGCCUGCUGGUCUGAGACGUCUCUAGCAUUCCCAAUGGCUUGCUGGUACCAGCAUCUCUGGCAGCCAUCCUGAAGCCCUGGCAGCCUCACAGAGGUAGAGUAUCACCUCACCACCAGCUGCAACUAGCUCUUGUUUUAAGUUCCCACCUUAAUGCCACAGGUUCAGGUCUCUGCCAAUUUUCCCAGGCUGCAAAAGGACAAGGGAAGUGUCUAAUGGAAGAUGUGCCUUUCCUCAGUAUCACAAGCACAAGAGCACAAAUACAAAAAAUUAAAAGAAAGAAAGAAGAAAUAAUCACAGGUACAGAUUUGUUUAUUUAUUAGGUAGGUAAAUGUAAAACCUGAGUGAAAAAAAAAACUAUCAGAAGACAUAAAUGACUAAACUUUUUCCAAGAAGAAAUAUGAAACCAGAACAGAUCAUUAAUCCUAAAAAAUUGUGAAUGUUAUUUUUUUAAUCUGCCAUUUCCUUUUAAAAAAUAACACACGUAAGUAAGGAAUGAAACAAGGAUUCUAAAAAUCACCAUCAGUAUUUAAUAUUAUUAAAAAAUUCUGGAUACAGAAAUUAGAAAAUAUAGAAAAAUAAAAGAUAUAAAUAUUAGAGAAAGCAGUUAUAAUUAUUUGCAGAUGAUAUGACUGGAAAAAAUCAUCCAAAUGAGCCAACCAAAAAAUUUGUUAGGAACAAUGAAAUAAUGCUGUAAGAUAUUCAGUUUUGAAAUUAACAUAUGGAACUUCAAUACUUUUCUAUUUUUACUUACUCAGCAAAUAUUACUUAAAUGCUUAUCACAUACCUGGCAUUUUCCAGGUGCUAGAGAUACUAAGGUGAACAAGAUAAGCAAGCCAUGCCCUUAUAAGUUUCGCAGUCCAUUGAGAAAGAAAGACAAUGAACACACAAACUAGUAAAUGUAUGGAAUGUCAGAUGGUUACCAAUCCUAAUAAAUAAAUCAGAGAUUAGAGGAUAGGAAUUCUGGGAGAGACGCAAUUUAUUUUAAUAUUUUUAUUGAGAUAAAAAAUUAAAUAAAAUAAUAAAAUAAAAAUAUUAUUUCUUCUUUCUUAAUUUAUUGAGAUAUAAUUGACACUAUAUGUUUACAACAUGCUUCAAUAUUUGUAUGUACUGUGAAAUGAUUACCAAGUCUGUUUUACACCCGUCAGUUCACAGUUAAAAUUUUUCUCUUAUGAGAACUUUUAAAAUUAACCCUCUUAGCAACUUUCAGAAAUGCAAUAAAAUACUAUAAACUAUAUUCAUCAUGCUGUACAUUACAUCCCCAAGACUUAUUUGUUUUAUAACUGGAAGUUUGUACCUUUCGACUCCCUUCACCUAUUUAACCUACCUCUCCACCCCUAUCUCUGGCAACCACCAGUCUGUUCUUUGUACAUUUUUUUUUUUUUAGAUUCCACAUAUAAGUGUUGCCAUUUUGUAUUUGUCUUUCUCUGAUUUACUUCACUUAGCAUA